AUGCGCCCUGACCAUUUAAAAGAACUUGUUUCAACGUCGGCCGGAGACAAUGGUCCUAAGUUACUCGAAUCUUUGACGAGAUUAUGCAACUUCCUACUUAAAGGCACUCUACACCCGGAAGUGUGUCCAUAUUUGUAUGGGGGCUCUCUUUGCGCCCUUACUAAGAAGGACGGCGGAGUGAGGCCAAUCGCUGUAGGCAGCACAUUCCGUAGGUUGGUUGCCAAGGUGGGUUGCCACGCGGUACGAGACGGCAUAUCUGACUACCUUCAGCCCCAUCAAGUAGGUUUUGGUACCAAGCUGGGGUGCGAGGCGGCCAUCCACGCCACCCGCGUGUUUGCAGCCAGAGAAGGGGAUGACAAUGUCAUUAUUAAGGUUGACCUCAAAAAUGCUUUCAACUCGGUGGAACGUGACGUUAUCUUGAAGGAAGCGAAGGAACAUAUUCCGGGGCUGUACCCCUUUUUACACCAGGUAUAUGCAGUUCCUAGCAACCUAUACUACGGGGUCUCCUUGAUAUCGUCGCAGGUCGGCGCUCAGCAGGGGGAUCCACUCGGCCCAUUACUGUUUAGCCUGGCGAUUCAUCCGGUAGUUUCCGAUCUCAAGUCACCACUCAAUGUGUGGUAUUUAGAUGACGGGACGAUUGGUGGAAGCCCGGAGACGGUGGCGAGGGAUAUGAGAUCCCUUUUCUCGGCUUUGCGUGUUAUGGGGCUAGAGGUGAACACCGCAAAGUGCGAAUUAUAUGGUUGCGGAGUGGAGUCUACAGCUUCUCGAUCGCUAUUUGGUGAGCUGAUCCCCGGCUUGAGAUUUACAGAUAAAUCGAACCUCAACUUGCUGGGAGCCCCUAUCUUUGCAGAAGCAGUUGGUCCUGAGCUAAGGGCGAAGACGGACGCUCUUUCCUCCCUCGCAGAGCACUUGAAGAGUUUACCAGCUCACGUUGCCCUUACUUUGCUGAGGAACUGCUUCGCUAUGCCGAAAUUGACCUACACUAUCAGGACGGCCCCUACGUGGAUAUAUCCUCGUGAGGUACUGUUAUUUGAUGAGACCCUGAAGGUUACUCUCGAGGAUAUACUGAAUGUCAGCCUUAAUGAAAAACAGUGGUGUCAGGCCGGUUUGCCCAUCCGCCAUGGUGGGCUAGGUGUGCGUCGCCUGCAGGACACGGGACCUAUUGCGUUCUUGGCCUCUGCGCAUGGGGUAGCCGGACUUGUCGCCCGCAUUUUGUCCUCUUAUGGUGACGACCUCCGCAUCCCUUAUGUUGCGGAGGCCUUGGAGGCCUGGGAGACACUGUGUCCAGAUUACGACCGUCCUUCUAACCCUGCCAGCCAGCAAGCUUGGGACGAAACCGUAUCCAAGCAUUUCUCAUCCGGGCUCAUUGAGGAGGCCGUGGGUGCGGAUGAAGCCAGGUUGCGCGCUGCUGCCAGUCCGGAGUCAGGACUCUGGCUGAGUGCUUUACCCUCUCCACACAUGGGCACUCUGCUAGAUAAUGACUCCAUACGGAUCGCAGCGGCGCUGCGGCUGGGGUGCAACAUAUGCGAGCCUCAUCGAUGUGUUUGUGGCAGCAUGGUCGAGGCGAAUGGACACCAUGGCUUGGCAUGCAAUAAAUGCGCAGGUAGAAUGUCUCGUCACCAGACAAUCAAUGCCAUAUUAAAACGAGCCGUGGCGUCAGCGGGUGUGCCGUGCGUUCUGGAGCCGCCAGUCAUCUACUUCGUUGUAAACUUGUUCUGCGACCGCGCUAGUUCAAAGUAA